GCAUCAACGCUGUUCAACUUAAAAGCGACGUUUCUCAUAAAUACUCUCAGAAUUAAUUUCGCGAUUUCGUGAAUUCGUUUUCAUUUGGAUCUAUUUGGUUUUGAUAAAUUUGAUUUUGGGAAGUUUUAAGCUGUGAAUUUGAUCAAACUUUUUAGUGGUAAUUUGAAAAGAAAACAUAUUGAAGCCAAAGAAAAAAAAUGAAUUCACCAAUCCUUAUAUUCCAAACGACGUAGAAAACCAAAAACAGGAAUGCUUUAAAUUUCAAAUCUAACUUCUUAAACUCUGGACGAGAGGAAGACAAACAAAUAAAAAGAGUCGAUAGAAAUGCCUCAAACAAAACUCAUCCCAUCGAUUGUUUUAACUCUCACGAGCUGCACAGUUUUUUGUUCUCCGUUAGAUACGACUGAAAGUACGCAGAGAGAAGUGAGUAUCGAGGAGCAUGCUACCUCUUGUGGAAUAGUUUUCCGAGGUAACACUUUUCUACGAGAGAAUGACUUCUUAAGAAGUUCCAGCGAAGAGCAAAUGAUGACCUACUUUCGCGUUGUAAAUACUUAUAAGGGAGCGGAUGCUAUCGACGAUUUGAUUGCGAAUAAUAUGGGCUGUAUAAAUGUGACUCUACCGCGUUUGGAUAACUACAAAAGCAACCUUAAGAUUCCAAAAGAGUAUAUAAUUUUCUGUAAUUUGGAAAAUGGAGAGGUGAACGCUGUCGCUAUAGUGGAAUGGACAGAAAAUAAUGAUCUUCGAGUUUGGAGUGCCUUGGGUUGGAGUAGCUGGGGAGAAUGGUUAUCCUGUAGUGUCAGCUGUGGCGGAGGUAUCCAACAAAGGUCGAGGCGUUGCAGAAGAAAAAAUUGUCAUGGAUUUAAUGUAGAACAACGUCAUUGCAAUAUUUUCAGUUGCGAGAACAUCAUCAACCCGCUAUCCAAGGAUAGAAAUGGCAGAGAAGGACAUAAAUCUUUUCACCCUCCUAUGGAAAAAUGGGAAAGGGUUCCCGACCGACUGUCUGCCUGGCGUUUACAUCCAGAUUCUUACAUUUGGCUGCCCGCCAAGGAAAUUUUUCAACAAAAUGGAAAUCAAGCUUUCCCGAAAGACUUUUCGGUUUUCCUCACCGUCAGGAUAAUUAAUUGCUCUUUAGGAACGAUCUUCAGUGUGCGUAGCCGCAGUCGACAGGACACUUAUCUGUCCUUAGAACUGACGUCACAGACGACGUCGUUGGAUUCUGUGGAAUCGGAAAAAUCUGGAGAAUUGAAGUUGAUCCACGCGUCGUCGUUGAACGGCACCGACGUCGUCAGAAUUCCUGCGAAUCUCGACGACGGUCAUUGGCACCAACUAGCUUUGAGUAUUCGAAACGAAAGCGUUAUAGAAGUUUACGUGGAUUGUGUUUGGUUGAAAACCGAAAUUUUAAGAUUCCACUCACUUCAUCUGCCGGACGAUUCCGAUCUCAUAAUAGGAUAUUUAUUUACGGGAGAUUUGGAGCAGCUAUCAAUACUACCAGAUCCGAAGGCAGCUAAACUCCAAUGCGAUGACAUCAGGAUUCCUAUAACUGAUUUUCAAGAAAUAUUCAACAGAUUCAGCAGCAAAAAUUGAAAAUAUCUAACAAGUAUAUUGUAAUUUCUAUAAUAUUAUCAGUUUUCAUUUAUUAUAACUGUUCUAUAUUUUAUUUUAUAUGAGACUUGAAUGUAUUUGGAGAUGAAAUUCAUUUUCAAUUUGGUUUAACAAUUAUUAAAUGUUAACAAACACAUCAACUGAAUUUCAAUGUAAAAAAUUUGAUAGUAGGGGUGAAUAAUUUUAUAAAUAUUUUAGAUUUUUUAAGAAGAAUAGAAAUUUUUAAAGACAAUAUUUUCUUCGUGAUCAUUAACUGCACUAACAUCAUUUUCAACCGAACAAGUUGAAAAAGCAAAUAACAGGGUGAAUUAUACAAAGCAGUAUAAGAAAAUAUGUCAUGCAACAUAUCAAGUAUUUAUUGAAAACAAACAAAGAAGACAAAGGGAAAUGAGAGGCAUACAUGUCAAUCACUUUCAGGAAUAAUCACCAAAUCUAUCUAGAUCGUGAAGCGGAACCUUCUUAACUAAGUUGGAAAUCCUAGAAGUUAUUUGGAGAUAUUUAUACUAAACACGAUGUUGUUACCACCACUACAACAAUUUUCUCAAUUACAGUCUGACGAGCGUUUCGAUAACCAAGUUAUCGUUUUCAGAAACUUGGUUUAUCUUCAGUCUCUGACGACGAUAAUUUGAUUACCUUCUUGUUUGUACAUAAGUCGCAAAAUAUGGUUGUCAUAAAAUUACGGCAGAUGGUGUAAACUAAAAAUUAUUUGUCGUAGAGGAUUCAAAGUGUUCUAAUUCCAUAGUUGUUUUUUUGUUUGUGGAAACGAAACGAUGAAACCAAGUGUGACAAGAUUUAUAAGAGACGUGUUUUUUCUAUGAACUAAUUAGUGUUUUUUCACAGUCUUCAUUCUCAUUUCGUAUUGCUUCUCGUACGAAUUUCGUGAAGUAACGAACUUUUGUCAACAAAACCUUUUAACGCAAUGGGAGA